UGUUCGUCCUGGAAUGAGUUCCGUGUAGGCACAGUGUAAAGAUGGAGUGUGUGAAUAAAGCGGGACAGCUCAUGAGUCUGGCGGCUCUACAGCAGCAUGACCCCUACAUAGUGAACCUGCUGGACGUCGCCGGACAGGUCGCGCUCUAUACUUUCAACUCCAAAGCAAACGAAUGGUGGGCAUCUACAGUGUCUGGUUCUACGAUAAGGCCGACUGCCAGCGGAUUGCACAGCUCAUGCUACAGAUAGUCAAACGGGAGGCGUUGCGAGCGUCUCCCGACAGAGGCCUGAGCGGCAGGACCAAUGGUUGUGUUCAGCGCAGAGCCACAGAUAUCCUGGAGCUGCUCAGCAAGGCUAAAGAGGAGUAUCAAAGGAAUCAGUCAUUUGAGAGAGAUGUUCAGGUGAGCUCUGAAGCUGCGCCGUCACAGGAGAAGAGAGAGGAGGUCACAGCCGCUCAACACGAGAAGUCCGGUCACUCAGUAGUGAAGCAGAUCACAGUGGAAGAGCUUUUUGGCAGCUCUUUACCCAAAGAAGUGCCCCAGUCAACAAGCUCCACUGUGGGAGAAAGCAAGCGUGGGCCUGCGUUUGUUCACUCGGUGGAGCCUCUCCUCGCUCCUCGCCUCUCUGCUGACCCAGGAGGCACGGCGCUGGUCUCUCUCUUUCAGGGUUGUGGCACCCGAGACCCAAGACCGGCUGCUUUAAAUACGGAGGAGAGUGGGAGCAGGUCCACCAGUCAGUCUGUGCGUCGAGGUUCGGCUGGUCCACUUCCUCCUGCGUAUAUGAAUCCUCCCACAGAUGGGUAUGGGCUGCCCGGGUUCAUGCCCGGCCCGCUGGUCACCCCACAGAGCUUCAGAGAAUCCGCCUGCAAAGGUCCAGGGCCCUUCACGGGAAAGGCUGCAUUGUCGGCACAGGUGAAUACACCGAGCAGUGUUUUCAUGAGUAAAGAGGCGAAUGCGUUUACACAGUCCUCGACUCUGGUCAAACCCAUUCCAGCGGGGCCAGCUGUCCAGGGGGAGGAGUCUUCACUGCUGCUGUCUCCUAGUGUGUUCCAGCAUUCAAUGACCAAGACAGCCGAGCCACUGAAGAACCCCGCCUCCCCGACGUCUCCCACAGCAGACCUGCCCUCUUCCCUGUACAGUCGCACCCAGCUUAAAGAUACGCUCAUACAUCUCAUAAAGAAUGACGCCCAUUUCCUCAGUGCAAUCCAUGAGGCCUACAUACAGAGCCUCUCUAAAGGCCUCAACAACAUCAAGUUAUAGCCACAAACUGAGAAAACAAAACGUGCCAGCUGGAGCCGUCUCAGAUUCAGCGUGAAGCUUGACUACAUCCACUACAUUGACUACUGAUCGACUCACCCGGUGGCUCUUAUGCUGCCCUGACGAACAGCAGUUUCCCAGGCUGCUGUGUGCUCUCUCGCUGAGCUUUCCCACUUCAAUCCUAAUUUAUGUCCAUCUGCCAAUCUCAUUUUUUUUUAGUCAUUUUCUUUCUAUGACUCCCAGCACAAUUAUGUGCAGUUAUGUUAAGGGACUUGUGCAAUACGAAGCAUUGCCUCUUUGGAGAAUUGCUUUUCAUUUAUGAUCCUGCCUUAGACAUGGAUAUGAUACAGUAUCCCAGUCUCAGUAGUGUUUUACUGUUAAAUCAGUAUUGUGUUGUGCAGCAUUGGGAUUCUUUGAGUUCCCGGCAUAUAUGGAUUUUGAGUAGGAUGUGCACUUAUUUCCUCUUUUCUUACAAACUUGGUUGUUUAAUUUGGCCAGAAAAUGAAUAAAGGUUAGUGGAGUUAAA